AUGACCGCGACGAGUCGUUGCUUGUUGCAAGCAAGGGCGCGACAUGGCAGCUUCGUCGAAAGCCAUCGAUUCGUAUGUGCAUGUGGUUCCUCCUCCUCAUCGUCAAAGGGCAACCACAGAGGAGUGAGGCAGAACGUCUACACUCUGCAGAAUGCAACUAGAAAUCUUAGCAGUUCUUGUUUCAGGCCACUUGCAGAUUAUACUUCCACCAAAACGUGCGGCGCGAGCGCGACAAAAACGACGCGGAGAUGGACCUCUUAUAGCAGUUCCUGUGCUGAAACAGCUUCAUCUACGUCACGCGACGAAGCAAUAAGAGGGGAACAAAGUCGUGCCAAUUUAUGAAACGAACAUCUGUUAUCAUUAUCAAGUUUCUUAAGUAGAAAAGUGUGAUAAUGAUCAUAGAUUUUGGCUUCAUACAAUAACCAAAAGACAGGUGCAGCAGAUGAAGAGGGCUCGCAUCCCUCGUCUAGGGUAUGGGCAAACGCUGGAGGAGCAUCUGCUGCAGGUGUCUUGGGGCUAGGAGCACUCAUCAUAGGUGGUGGCAGCGUCUUUGCCGCGGAGACUGACGAUGCAGAUGCCAUCGCAUCUGGUGCGAAAAUUUUGCCCUACGAUCCUGAUGGACAGAGGUACUGCCGAUUUAGAUCUUCCGCAUUCGCAUAUGAUGUGUUGCUAGAAUGAAAGGCGGUCGUUACGAUACUCUUAUUCGCAUAAAUAUUAUGUGUUGCUAGUAGAAGAAAGAGCGUUACGAUCUUCACCUUCAUGGAACAUACGGAAUAGGAAUUUCAACCAGUUGUAUUUUUCUUACGAUGAUCAUUCUUACUGGACCACGUUGAGCUUGAGGAUGAGUGCUCACUUCUGUCAUAUGAGUAGAACACGAUUUUUUCUUGUUCGAGUUGACGUUCCUCUUGGUUUCCUUACAUUUCUUACAUUACCUAACAGUGCUUACACUCUUAGGAUUUCUGUAAUUUUUCAGCUUUCCUUCUUAUUUUCUUCGAAACGGUCGUCUUGCAUGCUUAUUCAAAUUUGUCUUCAGGUACGGUCCAUCCUACGCUGGACGGGUCCGCGCGAUCCGUGAAAUGAUAGAACCAAGUAUGCUGCUGACAUCAGAAGCGGAACUGGGACGGGCCCUAGCGUUGUUGAGCACAUGGAAGCGCGGACGAAUCUACACCGACGAAGAGAACACUGCUUUUUGGGAAGCGCAGAAAAUCGUCAAAUCCAUGGUCCACCCUGUCACAGAGGAAGUGAUGUUUCUACCGGGAAGGUAUAAGUUUUGGAUGCUCGUCAAAAUCAUGUACUCAGAAUUCAAUAAUUUUCUUCGCCUUUGAGUUUGAGAUGAAGAUACUUUAUAUAUAAUUCGAGAUUUAGAUCAGAUGAGUGGUCCCUCGAGAUUUCAUCUUUAUACUACCUCUGCAGUAUUUUAGAUGAUCGUGAUCUUCACAUCGCCUCAUCUGACACAUCAGAAUGGCGGCUUUUAUACCGGUGAAUACCCCGACGGCACUGGGAAUGUUGCUGCACGGACCGACCUCACCCGCUGCAGGGGCUUUCUGGCAGUUCAUGAAUCAGGCAGGAAAUUUCAUGACCAACUAUGUCAAUCGAUCCGGUGCUAGUGUCGACGCAACUAACCUCGCAAUAUUUAUGAAAAUCAAUUGUUACUAGAAUAGAACUAGAAGAUCGUUACAACGGUAGUCACGAAGGGCCAUAUGAUCAGGGGCAUUCACACGUAGAAGAUCGUUAUCGUACUGAUGACGAUAUGGAAGGGGCAUUACUAACUGUAUGCAUAGUUUCGAACUCCUCGUCUAAUUCAGCAUUUGCGUCUGCUUGCUUUGCGGGAGUGACUGUAGCACUAGGCAUGGGUCGGCUAGUGGCCACCUAUCCAGUCCUUCAAUCCCUAGGUUUGUUUGUUCCGUACGUUGCAGUGUGCAGCGCCAGCACGGCAAACAUGUUCCUCUUAUGGCAAUAUUUCGACUCGUAGGAGUAAAUAGCUGGUUUAUUUUUUUUAUAGAAUUUUCGUGCUAGUGUUUCGUCGCAGAAAAGAAAAUUCUCCAGAAGAGAAGUAACCGACCGGAAGCAUACGGCUACGCUUGUAAAACAGCAGGGAUACAAUUCCAUUCAUCUUAUCUUCACCGUAUUCAAUGCUACUUCGUUAUCAAGUUGAAAAUCAGACACAGACAAGAAGUUUCUUGCUGCAGGAGGGAAGCAGGCAGACGUUCUAAUCCUCACGCGAAGAGAGGAGUGGACGAAUGGAAUCCCGGUCUGCGAUAAGGAUGGGCGGGAGUUAGGAAUGUCUCCGAAAGCGGGUUUCGAAGCAGUAUGGCAAACGGUUACCACUCGAGGUUUUGUAACUCCGAUGCCCAUCUUGAUUCUCCCGCCGAUCAUCAUUAUGGGCCUGCGAACUCUCGUCCGGAACAAGAGGCUACUGCAGGUACUAGUAUGCUUACAGAACCCAGAGAGUAAAAGUUUGUACGAGAUACUGUUGGCCCUGGCGUCCACCUGCAACUUAAGACUUUUAUAUGUACAGGUUGUUUAUUCUCAUCCACAGAAGCAUCCUGGAGAUCAUCUGUGAUACAAAUAACAUCACGCAAACUCACCUAGCCGUUGACUGAUGCAAUACUUACUAAAUUCAAAAUUUGCUUUUAUUUUCGUAUUUUUCAGUUCGCGGAGGUUAGCACUGUCGUUGGAUGCAUGUACUACUUUCUGCCGUUCACUCUCGCGCUCCAACCGCAGAAGAUGACAUUGAAGCCCGAAUUUCUUGAAGAAAGAUUUCAAAAUCUGAAGGACAAGCAGGGAAAACCGGUCGUUGAGAUUUUCGCUAACAAAGGAUUGUAAUCGUAGUUGUCAGUGUUAAGGAGCAUCCUCGCUGUUCGGGUUUUGUAUCUUUCUCGUUUCCGAGGGUCGUAUCAAUAUCAUGAAAGUGUUAAUUUUUCAGAACCAUGUAGUUGAUGUUGUUGUACUCGAUGUUGGAUUUAUAAAUUAUACGAGCAGUAUGAUUCAUGUUCAUCCCAUUUGUACCCGCCCCCUUCCGCGCACAUACACAAAAAAGCAUACGCUGAAAUACUGAUCGAUCAUCCACGCAAACUGUAAACGCCUACAAAACACGAGUAUAAUUAAUUGAUGUAAUGAACACGUUGCAUUCUUGUAAACCGUAAAGAUAGUAUUCUUGAACGACGCAUUCUGCAUGUAGACGCAGAGGUUUGUUAUGAUUUGUGAUGUGCCAUUGCCAAAGCCAAUAUCCGUAGAAGAUACAUCAUCCAUCGAAACACAUUGGGAAAAUAACAUUUCUUCAAGUUUUGAUUUACCGUUACCCGAAACAAUCGGGUCUACUACACAUCUCCUGGAUCAUAUUGUUUAGUGUUAGUCUCUCAUGCACUAGUGUCGGUAUCCAUAUGUACGACUAGUACGCGAGACUCAUUCCAUGCCUCCUUUCAUACGCCAUUAUCAUCCCCUUCCCCGUCAAAAAAUCUAGAAAUAACGUUAGUGCUCAAUCGGAUCGUCAGGAACUGCGGAAAAGUUUUUGGAAUUUUGAUGUUCACCUCCACGAAUUGUUCUCAAACUCAAUAAGUAGAGGCGAAGUUACCGUUUUUACAAGAGUCCAUAACUUACUUCGCGCAAUUUCAUAAUUUUUGUGAGUUUUGAAGGUUUUGUAUGAUCAUCAUGAUGUUGUCCUUCUGGUAGCUAAGCUGCGACGGAUGAGGUCUUUUGAUUGUAAACGAUUGAUUUCAAUAGCCUGAAUCCAAGGACGAUCAACCCGAUAAUUUUUCAGUUCUAGUACCUCUUUCACUUCCAGCUCCUUCCAUGGAAGAGACUGAGGUAGUAGAUAGUGUAUCUAAACUCAACGACAACGACCCCAAUUUCGCAUAUCUAUAUCACAUUUCCGUUCUCGUUUUUUCGUCUACAUUUCUCUUUCGGGUUUAUAUGGCCACAAGCAACUUCUGCAUCCAUUGGCGUAUUUGCUUAGUAUCUCUGACACUCCUUUGACAUCCGGAUCUUCGUCUUCCAUGCAUGGCGCUGUCGGUCGAGGCACCUGCAUAAUUAAACGAACAAGUGAAACAUAGGAGCAUGCUAGCGGUUGGGAGCAUCCUUCACGAAUAUCACGUUUCGGAUUCUCACAGCUGAUAACAAGGAACUGUCCUCGAUGGAAAAUGUUAAAUGAACACUUCAUGACUCUCAUCUACGAACUUUGAUCCGAGUUCUUGCAGCGACAAUUUUGAGAUCUUGUGUAAGAAAUAGCUCAUAUGAUUCAUUAACUGUACAGACGUGGGCAGGACGAACUCCUUGCAAAAAUGCUACUUACCUCCAUCUACUCGCUUCAAGGACUGUUAGACACCGCAACAGGAACUCAAAACCUUUAAUAAAACGAAGUUGUACUUCUAGAUUUAGUUGUUCUAAUUAAAUAUUGCUCCUCCAACUUUGACUAUCACAAGAAAUAAUUCUAUCAUGUCAACGCUUCAACUUCAAAAACACAUCCACCUUGAAUGAAGAUGCUGAUGAAGUAGAUGUGGUAGGCAUGUACGCAAAUUUCGUACUGAUUUUGCGAAUGCAGAUUGCAGAAUCAAUCUUGAAGACCGAUACAUUCCACUUGUAAGAUUUGAACAAUUUACGAGAGCAAACAAUUAUGCACAGACUCCAUGUGCCUCAUGUAUUUUAUUCCGAAGCAAGAGACUGAGCAGCUAGUAGACUUAAAGUCAAUGCAGGCAUAUGACCGAAACUCAAAGAUCAAGAUUGAAAGAAAAGAGUAAACUCUUAUCCAAGUGAUCGUUUGCGUUUUUCAUUAUCAUUAUCUGCAAUCUGUUUGUUGAGCAGGAAUUCUGUCCUCUGUCAAUCUGUAGCUACAUACUCACCCUCUUCCACCCGUCAUAUCUUCUUUCGUCGCCGAUUAUAAUUGUCUGUCUAUUCAAAGAGUAGUUUUUGAAUGAAGUAAGUGUAAGAUGAAGAUCACACGAAACUUGGAAAUGCAAAUUUUGACCACGAUGAUGACCAUCAUCCUCUAACGAGUUCAGAUGAACUAAAAUGAAGCCGUUGCAGAUCAACUUUGAUUGCCCAAAAAAGAUCGAGAUCUAUUGAAGAAAGUGGAG